AUGGACCGGGACGCAAAUUCACCAAUACGAAAUUGGUCCGAAGGUCCAGAUAUCCAGGUCAAUUCGACGUCAAUCGAAUUGCCCGACAUCUCUCCCCCUAGAAGCCGGGCAGCUGAGUCUUUGAGAAACAUCAAUAUUCCAAACGGGCACACCGAAGUACAUACACAGUUGAAUUCCAUCUCCCGGACCAGAGAUUUUACCGAAAAUGAUCAGAACGACGACGAAGGAUCGGUGAGGACGGUUUUUACACGCAGUCUCAGGACCUGGGAUGUCGCAGCAUUGAUCAUAAAUAAGAUGAUUGGAACGGGAAUUUUCACCACACCAGGUGUGGUUUUGUCUUUGACUGGGAGCAAAACGAUUAGCAUAAUCUUGUGGCUGGUUGGCGGUAUUCAUACGCUCCUUUGUCUUACGGUAUACUUGGAAUUUGGCGUUGCCCUUCCUCACACUGGAGGAGAAUUAAUAUACCUGGAUGAGAUGUACUAUAAGCCAGCGCUACUAGCCACUGUCCUUUUCUCCGGAUUUUUUAUCUGUUUUGGAACCUCGGCAUCGAAUUCGAUAGCCUUUGCACGGUAUGUGAUGCUCGCUGCCGAACCUGGAGUGCAAAAUGAGAGCAACCUGGACGCAAGAUUGGUUGGAUUUAUUGCGAUUACGAUCAACUUGGUUUGCUGUCUGCUUCUUUACUUCUCAAGCAGGUUAGCUCUUGCCCUAAACCGCAUAACUGCCACCUACAAAAUCGUCCUAUUGCUAGUUGUCUUCAUUAUGGGGCUAGUAGCAAGCAGAGAACAAGAUUCCGGCACCCAUGAUUUUGAGAAUACUUAUAGUUCAGGCUCAACAAAAACUCUCUCUGCCCUUGUCUACAUAUUGUUCGCAUACCAAGGAUGGGAGAAUGCCAAUUAUGUCGCAGGUGAAAUAGUGGCACCGAAACGAACACUUCGCAAUGGUGCCGGCCUGGCGGUGUUCAUAGUCACAAGUUUAUAUAUUUUAGUGACUUUAGGUCUUUACCUCGCCUGUAGUUAUAAGGUUGCGUCAGAUGAUACAGCCAGUCUCGGCCUCACCAUUUACAUGACAGAAAGAGUAUCUGGAGGUAGCCUAGCUAUCAAAAUUGCUAUUGCACUUUCCGCGUUCGGCAACAUGAUUGCUGUUGCAUUCACAUCGUCAAAAGUGAAGCAAGCUAUAGCAGCGAAGAGAAUCAUUCCAUUCUAUCGAUCCAUCGCCAAGAAUGAUAAACAUUUCGAAACACCUGCUGGUGCUUUGGUCCUGCAUUCCAUAUUCACAACGGUGAUGAUCAUUGUAACGGUUGCCGUCCGUCCGAGUCCGGACGUUUACAAUCUUGUACUUGCUAUCUUCACAUAUGGACAUGUAAUUGUUAUAACAUUGGUCGGAGCCAGCGCAUUCUGGAUUGAAAAGCGACUAGGUAAUAGACCACAAGGUUGGAAGCCGGGGUACAUCAAAAGUUCUUUUAUCCGUCGGACCCUCGCUACCCUUUUUAUUGGCAUGAACAUGUUGAUUUUAGUUGAAGGUGGGCGACUAACUGCAGACGGUGAGAUUCCCCGAUAUUGGUGGCCUGCUAUAUUUGCCAUCAUCGUCGCUGGAUCCUUUGUUUAUUGGGGCGCAUUUCGAAUUUUGAUGUUACGGAAUCCAUUUGGUGCUCGGAGAUCAAAACAUGAAAACAGAAACCGCAGCAGGACAGUUGAUUCUGGAGAGCAACGGCCGGAAGAAACAGUCGGCCAGGCCCUUUUCGGGGUUAAUAUCAAGAUUCUCAACGAAGAUAGCCCAGGGUAUUACCAAGACGACAUUGAGUACUCCCCUAAUGACUUUAAGGAUGGAUCAAGAUGGAGAAUUUUAUAUACGGUAAGCUUGAAGCCCCAAGCCUACAUGUGA